UGUAGUAACUUGUACCUACUAGGGUAACAUAUUUCCAAAGUAUAAAGGAAAUCCAAGAACUUUUUUUUAUUUUUGGGGCAGUUCAGGAAUAAUGCCUCAUAUACGGAAACAUGUGGUCUGCUUCUGCAACACUGUACCGUUUGCCGCGUUUGCCAAAAAAGUUAACCUCUUUUGUGCCGGUUAAUGUCCUGUUCUUUUAACUAUAUGUUGUGUAUUUGCGUAAUAAGUGCUAAUAAAUAUGAGCCAAAAUAAUGUAAUAAAGAAUGCAUAUGUUCUUUUCACUAAUGGUACAGAGAAAAUUGUACCAACUUCAUUAAUUGAGACAACAAAAAUUUUUAAAAAUACGAAAGAUUUUAAUCGCAAUCUUAAAGUAAAAGUUUGGCUGAAACGAUGUGGAAAAAAAGAUCUUUUAUUGAAUGCAUAUAUCUUAUUAUUAGGUAAAAACAGUGCACACAUAUUACAACAGAGAAAAAAUCGGCGAUUAGUAUAUCCUAAUAAAUGGAUAAUGAGCUUUUCGUCGUUUUCGUCUAAUAUGGGAAAUCUUCGAAAGAUUUCAUCAACAAUUCAAAAAAGGAUCAAGACAAAGCAGGUAUUAAACUUAGUAUAUUGAAUAGUGCAAUUAUAAAAACAAUUUUUAAGAAUUCACACUAUUUUUAUAUAUUUAAUAUUUUAGAAGACAGAACUGAUUUUGCAUAAUAUUUUAUAAAAUUAAUUUCAAAGUAUUUUUUAAUAAAUAAUUUUUAUAAUGUGUACGUAUCUAGCAACCCGCAAAUAAAUUAAUUUUGAAUAAUUUGUUCUUUUUUACCACAUGCUAUAGACGCAAAAGAAAAGAAACAAUUUGGAAAACCAGGCAGCAACUAAGCACAAACAAGAAAAAAUGUUACGGAACUACCAGAAUUUAAUGAAGUCUAGGAGAAUAGUUGAUUCUGAAAUUGAAUAAUCUGGAGAUUCGCAAUCAGAUGGUGAAGAAUCUCACACAGAUCAAUAUGCAUCUGACAGUGACAGUGGUGACAAAGACGGUGACAAUCGUGAUGUUUCUGACAAUUCUCCUCAUGUUGAAAGAAGAGUAGAGGAUCCGUCAAGAAUGAUUGAGAGAACGGAUACUUCUGACACCGUUGUUAUUGCUUCUGAUAACUUAAUGAAUUCAAAUACAGAUACUGGUUCACAUGUUUCGCUUUCUCCUCAAAAUUCACAAACAAAUGGAGCAACAAGACGCAAUUCUACUGGACAAAAUACAGAUACUGGUUCGCAUGUUUCGCUUUCUCCUCAAAAUUCACAAACAAAUGGAGCAACAAGACGCAAUUCUACUGGACAAAAUACAGAUACUGAUUCGCAUGUUUCGCUUUCUCCUCAAAAUCCACAAAGAAAUAGAGCAUCAAGACGCAAUUCUACUGGACAAAAUACAGUUCGAAGACAAUUGUUUACAAGAGGGAACCAAGCAAGAAGGAAUUCAGCACCUGAUUCUAUACGUGGUGGACUUUUUGCUAGUUUAGGCAGAUCAACAAACUUGCAAAACCAGCAAAAUGAGAUGGUAAAUAUUGGAUUAAAUAUAAUGGUACAUAUCGAUGUUUGGGAAGCCAUAAUACGAAAAAACGAUUCAGUCAUUGUCAGAUCAUUACUUGGUCUCAUUUGGGGCAAAGAAAAUUUGCGUAAUAAAUGCCUUUGUGAGAAGCGAGCUAACAAAGACAAUACUGGCGAACAAAAAACAAAAUUAACACCAGAGAAACGACAGCUAGUCAAAGAUUUACUGUACGAAAAAAUUACAUCUAGCGGAGUUGAUGCCCACUCCAGAAAUGUUAGGAUGGCUAAAUUGUCAAGAACAAUGACUCUCACAAUCUCAGACGAACGGAUCAAAGCAAAGAGUUAAAAUGGACUGAAAUUUAAACUUCUCUUUAAUAAUUUCAAUAAUUAAAAAAUAACAAAAAUAGUACUACAAUAUGUAUAUCUACACUGAGAAAAAAGAGGGCGCGUUGCAGCACAUUUUCGAUUCAUGUUGCGCGACUCAACCCUGUGUUCUGCUAGACACUUUUCUGGGGCGUGCAGCGGACCCCUGAGUCGAGGCGAGCUGUAUUUGAAGCGUAUUACACGCUCUUUGGGGCGUGCUGCACGCCCCAGAAAGUGUGUAGAAGAAUUCAGGGUUGAGUCGCGCAACAUGAAUCGAAAAUGUGCUGUAACGCGCCCUCUUUU